AGCCUUUGACUGGACCCUGCACUUUAUAACCCGGCACUGAAUAGACGCUCGAUAUCCCGAUAGUCAUCUGCUCGCCUAUCACGAUGCCUCGUGCCUGAGAGAUCUACGGACUUGAAACCCAUAUACGUGCGUCGGUGAGGAUGUCUGGACAGAGGACAGCUUAUUGUGCGCCGGAUGUAUGUCCAAUAAGGAAGGAGCAUGAAUUCUGUGGUUUUAUGUAGAUGCUUGGUCUUGGAUGGAGAUGGUGAUGUGAUUAGAGGGAUGCCGAGAUGGUAUCUUGGCUUGAGUGAUAUAAAGACACUUGUGUAGCGUCCAAGGUAUGCAGUACUCUUCACCUCUCUCUUCAUCCCUCUCGAAGUCUCCUGUCCUCAAUUUGGCAUCUCAAGAUGAAGUUCUCUAUCGCGCUUCUCGUUCCUGUUGCUGGCGUCCUCGCCGCACCUACACCUCCCGGAAUUCCCAGUGACUCUACUGCUCGUUCACUUCUGAGCGGUCUCACUGUUGCCGCUUCCACCAACACAGGCACCUAUGACAGAGACCUCUUCCCUCACUGGGAGACCUAUGAGGGUGCUUGCAACACUCGUGAGUACGUCUUGAAGAGAGAUGGAACAAACGUCGUCACCAACUCGGCCUGUGCUGCUACUUCCGGCACUUGGAAGUCUCCCUAUGACGGAGCCACCUGGACACAGGCCAGCGAUAUCGACAUUGACCACAUGGUUCCUCUGAAGAACGCUUGGAUCUCUGGAGCUGCUUCGUGGACUACCGCCAAGCGUACUCAGUUCGCCAAUGAUGUUACACGACCCCAGCUGUGGGCAGUUACCGACAAUGUCAACCAGGCAAAGAGCGACAAGUCCCCUGAUUCUUGGAAGCCUCCUCUGACCAGCUUCUACUGCACCUACGCCAAGAGCUGGAUCCAGGUUAAGAGCUACUGGCAGUUGACUAUUACCAGCGCCGAAAAGACCGCUCUCGGUUCCAUGCUUGACUACUGUUAAGUCUAGAUGGCUUCGAAAGUGGUUCAUCGGGAGUAUUAUACAUAUUGAAUCAGGUGCCUUCAAAAGCUCAUUGACUGACAACGUUAAAUAUACCACGAGCCGCGAUAUUCUGCAGCUUCAAAUCUUACAAUAAAAGUCUCGAGAUCAAGUUGAAAAGGGCUUCACGUGAACUAUGCAAAGAUACU